AUGGCACAAAAUAUUUUACCUAAAGGUAAUCACUUACCUUCACUUGAACAACUAUCAGCACUUGUGAAAGGAAGAGUUCCCCAAAACACAGUUGCUAAUACUGAAAAGUGGAUAAGAAUAAUGAAUAAAUGGAGAGUAGAUGUCAAUUAUAAUUAUCCCUUGGAAAGUCAAGAUAAAUAUACUAUUGAACUACAAGUUACACAAUUUCUCUGUGGCGUAACUUCGCAAAAUGGUGAUUAUUAUUCACGAACUUCUUUAAAAAAUGCUUUAUCUGCAAUUAGCGGAUACCUGCAAGAUGUUAAAUCAAAUUGGAUGUAUAAUCUACAUAAUAAGGUUGAUUUUCCUGACCUGUAUGCACGUUUUGAUGGUCUUCUUAAGGAUAUGAAAAAAAAGAGUAUUGGUGAAACAAAAUCUACAGAUGGAUUAUCAACAGAUGAGAUUCGUCAUAUCAUUUAA